CCCAUGUUGCGUCUCGCUGCGUGUGUAAACGACGCCUAACUUCCGCACGCUAGUAAUGAACAGGACAAGGGAAGCCCACAGUUAAGCGUUCACGCAAGAGUUAUUCAGAGAGAUCUACAAAAUGUCAGAUUCAGACUCUGACUGUGGAGGCGACCGGGAGAACAGAAAACGUCGCAAACGUACUAAAGAAAGACUUAUCACCUUUCGUCCAUCAGAGGAGAUUUUUGAACGCUGGGACUGCAUCCCCAUUGCUACCAAAACAGAAGCUGCACAGAGGAUGAAGAUUUGUGCUUUCUGGAUUCCCAUUCUUCUGCAGCAGGAGGAAUCCUGCACUGCUGACUGGGCAAUGGAAAUAGGUUUAAUCAGCUCCAGGAACAGCGAAGAGCUAAAGAUAAAACAUCUGCACAGGAUUGAAAUCGUGGAAGCAAUUCUCUAUGACUUGGAGCAAGGAACUUUGAAUAAGGAUCGUACGCGACAUGUAAUCGCCAUAAGCAACAUGUUUAAUCUGCGUUCUCCAGAGGUUUUUGAUAACGCACUGCGUUGGUUGGAGGGAUCAGGGGAUCACAACGUACGCGAUCACCUGCGAAACUUUGGCACCAUUCCUGCCUGCUUCACAGCCCUUCACCUGAUCUUCACAGAGUUUGCCAAGUUUAUUCAGGAUAUGGGUGCCAACAUGAAGAGGACGAUGAAGGCCUUGUAUGCGCUUCCAGAUGACUAUCUUAUAGAGAAAAGUGAGGAAAUGAAGAAGAAGGGAAAUGAGUACUUCCAGAAAGAGAAGUAUGAUGAAGCUGUGAGGUUUUAUUCUGAGGCCAUCAAACAUUACCCUGACAACCACAUUCUUUAUGGAAACAGAGCACAAUGUUAUCUGCGCUGUGAAAAGUAUCUAAAAGCGGUUGGUGAUGGAAAACGUGCCAUCCUCAUCGAUCCGUUCUGGGCAAAGGGUCACUACCGUUUCUGUGAGGCCUUGUUCUCUCUUGGAGAGAUCCCAUUAGCUUUUAAAGCCAACUGCUCCGCCAAGUCCCUGUGUAGAGAUGACCAGGAUGGACUCAAAGUCCUGGACCAGCAAUACCAAAAAUUCCUUGGGAUUCUUUCAAGCAGCAAAGCUGAACAGUCAAAGAAAAUGCACAGUUUUAACGCAGGUAUGGUGAGAAAACGACCGCAGUCUUCAAAAGCUGCUGCUAAGACGGAGUCAGCAGCCAGCGCCACCACGAAGAACACAGAAAAUAAAAUGGACAAAAAGUCAGGAAAAAAUGAAAAGGCUGCACAGGCAGAAGUCAACGCUAAGGACACAAAACCAUCAAAAAGUGAGAAAGCAGAGUCCAACGCUUCAACAAAGAAGAAGACCAGGAGCAGAAAUGGUCAAACUGAUGAAGAGAAACGGGCGACUAGUGGUAAAGCUGAUGUGUGUAAAGAGCUGCGAUUCAUGGUUCAGGAGGCCUUCACUGCCCUGUACGACCUGCGCAGCCGCAACGCAGAGCAGGCCUUCAGCCAGGCCCUGGCUCUGCUGGAAACUGUCGUACCCAAAGAUCUCGGACUUUCCACACUCGACGUGCUGAUGCUGUUGUUUGGGCGUGCAUCAGCCCUGAUAGAAAUUGGCCAGCCUGAGGAACUCGCAGAAGCUCAGAAAGUCCUGGAUAAGAUGAAGUCGUAUGAGGAGAGGACGUUUCAGUGUCUGGUUUAUUACGCCAUCGGCCGGGUGUAUUUUAGGGAGAACAGGUUUGCAGUUGCUCUGCAGCAGUUCUCAGACUCCCAGCAGAUGGUGAAGAAUCAAAUAACACCGGGUAAACUCACCUGGCCUUUAACAAAACACAUCGUCAAAGAAACGGAGCCGGAAUAUUUCAAGGAAAUCCUGGAGAGUUACGUAGAGUUGUGCAGGUUUCCUCCUGUUCCUGAUGCAGUUUGUCGUCUUGAGAUAUGCCUGUGCCCUUUGAAAGCGGAAAUCUACUUCACUGAUCCGGAUUUUAAGGGCUACGUUCAGGUUAGCUGCUGUCAGAGCUGCAGGGUUGAAUUCCACGUCAGCUGCUGGAAAACCCUGAAGGCCACAACUUUCUGUGAAAAGAGCGAAAAGGAUAUUCUUCGAGAGGCUUGUUUGACUCCAGACUGUGUCGGCCAAAUCUGUUGCAUCAAAAUCUUUGGUCCAACAGGCUUGGUAAAAUGUAAGUUUGAAACAGAGAUCACGAAACCACAGACUCCAAAGAAGCCAAAAGUGAAUCAGAAAUGUACAAGUGUAAAGAAGUUAAAAUCAAAGGAGGAGCGCAAACUCCAGAGAAAGCAUCAUAAACAGUCAUUUCAGGACGAGCAGAUUAUCAGUGAUGAGAUCGUGCAGCUGAAGGACAGCUCAGGAUCUCAGAGUCAACAUAAAGCCUGGUUGGUGUACAGAGAUCGAGUUCUCCUGCAGAUCAGUCAGAACAUGAAUCUUCUAAAGGAGGAGAAGACCCUCCACAUUUCUGCUCUGACCAGCAGUCUGAAGCCCUGGCUGCAGCUGGACUUAUUGAAGGGGAACCAGCUUGCUGGGAGGCUGUUGAACUGGCAGGAGGAACCAUUGGAGUCAUUUGGUCAAGCUGUCGAGCUGCUGCUGGAGAGGAAGAACCGGGUUUGGGCUAGAGUCUUUAUCCAGCUUCUUAGUAGUCGUGUGGAUGUAAAUCCGAAGCUCAGCAGUUGGGCGGGCCAGCUCAACAAUGCAGGUUUGAAUGCAGCUCAGACCUUCAUUGAACGCUAUGCAGGACACUUGGAGCAGCUGGAUCUGGCCGUUCUGCUAAACUUUGAACCACUUCAAGAGAUGAUUAUAGAGAAACUUGACACUAGACCGGAGGUUUUUGCAAGCAUUGGCCUGACUGUGACAGAGUACCUAAAACAAGCUCCUCCACAUGACAUGAGACUUUUUAUCUGGACUCUAGAGGAGCAUAGAGAUGACUAUGUGUCCUGCCACUCUAUACUGGAUGAAUAUUUUGAUAUGAUGGAUGGACAUUGUUCAGUGUUAAAAAAGUCUGAUGAAAAUGAAAAUAAUUCUCCUAUAAGGGGUAAGACUCGAGGUCGGAAAAAGAGACACAGAGAGCAAAAGGGUCCUAUUGUUUUCUCGGGGAUGAGAGCAGUAACUACAAGAGAGGAGUGGGACCAAGACUUUUUUGAAGAUGACUCUUUAUCAUUCCUUCAUCCUGUUGACCCGUUCACUGUACCCAGUCACCUUCGAGAUCAAGUGGCUGAUUUUGAGGACCAGUACAGCAGCACAAGACAAAGAACUCACUAUAAAAAGAUUUUGGACAACAACCCAGACCCAACAAAAGAGACGUUGUAUGACUACUUUGCUCAGAUCUUGGAGGAGCAUGGUCCCCUGAUGGCAAGCGACCCUCUGCUGGUGGGUGAACUGGAACAUUUCCCUGCUGUGGCUCGGCAGAAGUUUGAAGAAGCAGGUGGCUUUGAGGUCUUCCUGCUGGAGUCUCUUCGCUUCAUAAAGAUGGGGAGACGUAUUGGUUUGGCUAAACAUGCCGUCUGCAUGCAACAGGCUGCACAUGGAACAAGCCUGGACGACCUGGACGAAAUAGCUGAUCCUGAACAUUAUUUUUCAUCUCCAAAUUUACAUGGAGACUUCCCAGCUGAUCUCACAAGCUGCCUGGAGAAUUAUCCAUCUGCUCAGACUGAAAUCAAUCCCAUCCUCCCAAAUCCAUUCUGGUCAUCAGGAAAUGACGACAUCCUCCUCCAUUGGACUAAUGGCUUCAUGGACCAAGCUGCUCACUUUCUCCCUAAUGGUUAUGAGGAACUGGAUCUUGAUAACUUUGAGGUUGACGAUGGAGUUUUGGAAACUGAUUCAGCUUCAAGCAGAGUUGCCUCUGGGACGCCUGAAGAAAUAGUUUUGAGAAGAAACGUAUCCAUGCAGACGUUUAAAGAGACCCUGAGGAGCGUGGCAGUAAAUUCUGAGCUUCAUGAGCGUUUUGAGAAAUGUCAGGGUGACAUUAACAAAAUGGAGAGGAGCAUCAAGAAGUUGGAUCAGCAGAUCAAGAAAAUGGCAAAAGGCUGUGACAAAGUGACUCUAAAUAGCAGAGAAGACAUCAUUUUACUUGAGGAUGACAUAAAGAAGAUAACUACAAAUAUACAGGUGACCAAUAAAGAGCUGAUGAUGUUCCAGCAGAAGCUGGAGGAGGAGGUAAAGAAGGACCAGAAGGAGAAGAAGGCCAACCAGGAGGUACUAAAGUCCCUGAAGACUGAGAUCGAGCAGCUGCUUGACGAACAGGCAAGCCUGACCCGGAACAUCCGAGAGAAGAAGACCAGCUAUGAAGUCAAGUUGAGGGAUUUUUUGGAGCUGAGCAAUCAGUCAGCAGCAGAGAAAAUGAGUCUGGAGGACGAGAUCAAGCGCUGCAAAUCCCUCUUAACAUCAGCCACCAGGAGGUCUCACACAGCUCAGCUGUCCGUUGUAGAAAGCAGCCGGGAUCAGGGAUUGUACGGACUCUACAGAGAGCUGGCAGACACCAAGGCUUUGCUGACUAAACUGGAUGAAGUAGUACACAGAUUCCCAAAUCCAGACCUGGAAAUUAGAAGAAGCAGCUGUAAAGCCAAAGUUGAAGAACUUGAAAGGAACAUUUCAGCAGCCGAGAAACACUACAAGGAGCAGGCUGAUCAAGUGAAGAACGGCAGCAGAGUGUGUGAGCUUCCUCCAGCCAGUAGCAGCAGCCAGUCUGAGCCUGCAGCUCCAGCAUUAAGACCACUCUCAGUCGCAGCCAAAGAGUUUAUGCCUCAGCCUGCAGCUCGGGCAACUCCCAGCCCUCCUCCACCCGUCCAGCACUCUGCUCCACCUGCAGCCGAGGCUUCAGCUGCUCCGCCUCAGAUGCAGCAUCGACCUGCCGUCAGGAAGCAGGAGCCUGCACACAGCACCGUGUUUGAAAAAGCCAUGGAGGCUCUGACCUCCAUGUUCCCCGACUACACCAGAUCGGAUUUGAUGAAGUACGUUCAGGAGCUGCGAUCAUCCAAAGGUGGAAGCCUCAGCAGCAUGGCGCUGCAGGAUGUGGUUGGUGGUGUGACCCAGCUGAUCUUGGACCAUCAGGAGAGGCUUAGUUCCGCCAGAGCCAAGGUCGCGGGUCACAGGAGUCCAGCUCAGCGCGCUACCCCUCCUUUGGUAAACUCUGCUCCAGUCUGGCAGCCACUUGGACCCCAGAGAGCCAGAAAUCCCAACGCACUCAAUGUGGAGGACCCGUGCAUCAUCUGUCAUGAAGACAUGAGUCCAGAUGAAACCUGCGUUCUGGAGUGCAGACACGGCUUCCAUCAUGAGUGUAUCAGGUCUUGGCUGAGGGAGCAGAACACCUGUCCCACCUGCAGAAAUCAUGCACUGCUGCCUGAAGAGUUCCCCGCCCUCUCUGGAAGGAGACGCCAAGCUCCAUGAUGUCUUACCCCCCCACCCACCCCGUCACAGCCAGCAUGUCUGCUUUGUUUUUCUUUUUACUGAUCUUCGCUCAAAUGUGAUGCUUUGGCUUCAUCUGUGUGUGUGUGUGUGUGUGUGUGUGCAGGGAGGCAGCAGUUUA